ACAGAUUCUUAAAAAUUUGUGAGCUAUCCAUAAUAGUGAUAAAACUAUUGGGUAUCGGAACGUUUAGAGACGUAUAAUGGAUAACCUAUUUCGAUUCCUCUUAAAUAUUUCAUGAGUUAAAAGUUUCAUCUUACAAGAAGAAUUGCAUCUUUAUCUUCAAAUUGGAAUUGAAUUAAUGUUUAUGAUACGAUAGUUUAUCCUUUUAAAUGUUCACAUAGAACAUGAUCGAUCUAUGUGUACAUUGUACCAUGACAACCGGGGUUUGACAAAGACGAUUUAAAGAGUUAUUUAUACAAUACAUACCGUGGCCUUUAACAUGGAAUUAAAGUAUGGAAUCACACGUUGUAGUGUUAUGUGUUAGUUUGUUCUAAACUUCUGAUAUAUUAAAAUAACAACUUUUUACAUGACUGUGGUUUUCAAAAUUUUGCUUGAGGUUUCAACCAUGUAGAUCAUGGCCUCAUCGAAUGCGACUAUUGUUAGUAACGACAGCGAUCCAGAACCACCCAGAAAUUCUUCAGAUAAAGUAUUGUCUCGAAUCAAUUUAAGUUUUCACGAAUCAAAAGCAGAUCAGAUAUUCAGACUUGUACAAGACCAAGAGGAAUUAAAUAAAAAGUUUACCGAACGCGCCUUACAUCGCCAAGACGAUCACUGUGCGGAAGGGGAUAAUAGCUUAAGUGAUAGCUCAUUUAAAGAGACAGAAAAAAGACUAUCACAACGUCUCUCUGUGCAUAAACAAAAAGGUGGUAGAUCUAAAACUUCUAUGGGAUUUCAUAAUGAUAAAAAUAUAAUAAAUAAUUCAUCAUCAGACGAGGAGGAAACAAAAAUGGCCGACGAAGAACGAAUGAUAAAUACCAGGAUUAAUCGUCCAAAAUCCAGUUACGUCCGACGACGCCAUCUACCGGCGGACGAUGAAGAUGAGAGUCCCGUUGACUCUACUGCACAAAGACGCUGCCGGUCUACAAGACCAACUUCUAGACUAGGAAAACGAGAUGUCGAGGGUUCAUAUCGCGAGUGUCCUAGUCGACAUGAAGGCGAUAACAGAAAAAUGGUGCUAACAGAGACAUCAUUUAACGUCCAGGCUCCGCCAGCCACGCCUACUAAUGACAUUAUUGACCCUGUAGGGUACGACAGGUAUGCUCAUAUGAAGACACCUGUACCAUGUGUUGAACCUGAUAUAACACGUGAACGACCGGGUAUUUCACGUGAACGAACUGGUAUAAUACGUGAGCGAACUGGUAUAAUUCGUGAGCGAACUGGUAUAAGACGUGAACGAACUGAUUUACGAAGCACAAAUAAAAACUCUGAAAAUACCAAUACAACAAACACAAGCUUCAGUAAAGCACAAUAUGAAAAACAUGCCAGAAAUCGUCAAAGAGAAGACACAAUGUCUGAAAUUUCGACCAGACAACGACAUCGCAGGCAGCAAUAUGGUAAUGUUCGGGCUAGUCGACCUACUUCUGAAAAUGUGUAUCUUGUGCGUCAAAGAACGGAAGCGAGGUUACUAAAAAACGGAAAUUCUACUUCAAAUAUGAACAAUAGACCGAAGUCAGAUAGGGUCAUUAUGACUUCAAAUGGACCAAAGCCUAUACUGUCAAUUGAUUCUAAUCCAGUCAAUAGUACGACAUUAAGUUACCAGAAAAAUAGUGUUCAGUCGUCACAAAAUACAACAUUGGACUAUACAUCAUCCUCACGACCUAUGUCUCGACGUGGGGGACGUUCUUCUCAGGAAGUAGCAAAUCGGCCUCCAGGGGUAAUUGCAAAUAGACCUCCUUUAAGUCUUAUGAAACUACCGCCUUUAGACUCCUCUGUUAGUAAACGUGCUGAGAGGACACUAGCUUUAACGAAUGCACGUGAAACGUGUGUAUAAUGUAACUAAAAAGAUGUUAUAUUUACUUUUGUGCAUUUUACGUUGCCAUUUAUGCUACAAUUUUGUGCUUUAUGUAACAAGGAAUUUUAUAAAUCCCUUAUUAUGACGUAAGUAACUGAGAAAAUUACACAUGCAAUAAAUAAAUUGUAUGUGGAAAUUGAUUUGUUAAUAAAAAUCAUAAAA